AUGUUCUCCUCCGUCUCGGGGGACGGCAUUCAUGGGGCCUUCACCCCGCCGCGCCGCCAGGCCUCUCCAGUCGGCCUGCCAAGCCUGAGCCCUCUUUCGCUGAGCGGCUUCCACCCAGACACCGAGCCCGAGCAGCAGCUGCUGAAUCGUGGCAUUGCUGAGGAGAUCCGCACUUUCCUGCCCGAGCGGCUCAAAAUCGUGGACACCUGGAGUCUCGUGUAUAGCUUGUACCAGAAUGGGAGCUCGCUGGGCACACUUUACAAGUUAUGCGAUGAGUUCCGUGGCCGGAGAGUCGGGUUUGUGCUCGUGGUGCGAGAUGGCACGGAUAGUACGUUUGGUGCCUACUUGACCGACACCCCUCACCCUGCGCACUCAUAUUUUGGCACUGGCGAAUGCUUCCUCUGGCGAGCAGAGCUCCAUGCCGCCCUCCCGCCGCCCCCAUCCGCCGAUACAAGCGAACUCGACAACUAUCGCGUGACCACCAUCGCUUCUACAGAUCAAAACCCAGAGCCGAACAGGACUUCGCUCCUCGCCCCCGCACCUGUAGACCCGACCACAAACAAAGCUGUGCCACCGCCCAUCUCAAACACGCAGAGCAUUCGUUUCCAAAACUUUGCGUACAGCGGUAUCAAUGACUACUGCAUGCAGUGUGAAACGGGCUUCUUGUCUGUCGGUGGCGGCAACGGAAAAUACGGGUUGUGGCUCAACGACUCUCUCAGCAAAGGCCGCAGUGGUGAAUGUGAGACUUUCCUGAACAGACCGCUCAGUGACGAGGGCGAGAAGUUCGAUGUCAUGGGCGUCGAGCUCUGGGUUAUUGGCGCGACUUGA